AUGUCGGAUUCGAAAGCGCUGGAAGCGACGGACUCUCCCGCUGCCAGCGGGCGGCUGCCGUCGCGGAACGGGAACGAGCCUGCUCCCAGCGCCGCCACGUCCGCCGUCCUGGUCGAGGGCGCCGCCGACGGCACUCGCGCCUCGCAGGACAUCACCGCUGCAGAAGCCGUCGACUCCAGCAAGAAGGGCUAUUUCGCAUACUUCCGCACCAGGGAGUUUUACGUCGUUCUGCUGCUUGGACAAGUGCUGGCCCUCUGUAUCACGGCGACGAAUACCUUCACGAAUCUUCUAGCCAAUGCGGGGACCUCCAUUCCGUCUUUCCAGACCCUGUUCAACUACGUGCUGCUCGCCGUGGUCUACACCGGCUACACCAUCUACCGCUAUGGCUUCAAGGGCUGGCUCCAGGUGGUCUACAAGCGGGGAUGGAAGUACGUCAUCCUAGCCAUCUGCGACGUCGAGGGCAACUACUUCAUCGUCCUCGCCUACCGCUACACCACCAUCCUCAGCGCCCAGCUCAUCAACUUCUGGGCCAUCGUCAUCGUCGUCGCGCUCUCCUUCUUCCUCCUGCGCGUCCGCUACCACUGGGCCCAGUACCUGGGCAUCGUCGUCUGCAUCGGCGGCAUGGGCGUGCUGUUCGGCUCCGACCACCUCACCGGCGCCAGCAGUGGCGGCGCCUCCAAGUCCAGCCGCGACCAGCUCAAGGGCGACCUGUUCGCCCUGCUCGGCGCCACCUUCUACGGCUUCGCCAACGUCGCCGAGGAGUACUUUGUCAGCAAGCGGCCCCUGUACGAGGUGCUCGGCCAGCUCGGCCUCUAUGCCACCGUCAUCAUGGGCGUGCAGGCCGCCAUCUUCGACCGCCGCUCCUUCCAGGACGCCGUCUGGAACAGCAAGGUCGGCGGCUAUCUCACCGGCUACACCUUCAGCUUGUUCAUCUUCUACUCGCUCGCCCCCAUUCUCUUCCGUCUGGCAUCCGCCGCGUUUUUCAACAUCAGUCUUCUCACCAGUAAUUUCUGGGGCGUUGUGAUCGGCAUCAACGUCUUCAAAUACACCAUCCACUGGAUGUAUCCCAUUGCCUUUGUUCUGAUCGUCAUCGGACAAUGUGUUUACUACCUGGGCAGGAAGGUCUUGGGCGAGGCUAGAAAGCCCUGGCUGGGGAGAAAUCAGGAGAAGGGCGUUGCGGGUGUUGGUACGGCGAAAAGGAAAAUCGAUUCAGAUGCGGAGCGGCUGGCUACUACGGUGUAA